AUGCGUCGACCCCACGUCCUCGCCCUCGUCCUCGUCCUCGGUCUCACCGUCGUCCACACCGCGCGCGCGGACGCACGGCGACGCCACGUUCGACGCGGCGUCGCCCCGAUCGAUCAUCAUCGUUUCACCGAGACACACACAACGUUCCAGUGCGACGACGCAUCGACCGUGAUCUCGAUCGAUCGCGUGAACGAUGAGUACUGCGAUUGCGUCGACGGGAGCGACGAGCCCGGGACGUCGGCGUGCGCGGGACGAGGGAACGACCGGGGGUUUUAUUGCGUCAACGCGGGCGGCGUCGCGACGCGCGUCCCGGCGUCGAGAGUGGACGACGGCGUGUGCGAUUGCUGCGAUGGAAGCGACGAAGACGGCGAGAUGGGAUCGGUGAAGUGCGCGAACACGUGCGGGGAAGAGGCGCGAGCGAGGCGAGAGGGAUUGAUGAAGACGUUGAGGGAGGCGACGCGAGGCGAGCGGCGACGGGCGAAGGAGGCGGACAAGGCGAGAGGACGGCGAGAGGAAUGGAAGCGAGAGCGAGACGCGCUGGAGGAGAAGAUUGGAGAGAAACGAAAGCGGGUCGAUAAACUCUUGCGAGAGGCGGAGGAGGCGGAGGCGGAGGAGCGGAAGAUUCGUGAGGAGGAAGAGGCGAAGCGAAGGACUCUGGAGGAGAUGAAAUCGAACGACGACGCGCCGAACGACGACGCGCCGAACGACGACGCGCCGAACGCGGCGGCGACGACGAAUGGAAACGAUGAGGGCGAUGAUGAGAACGGACGCCCGACGGAGGAGACGACCGCGGGCGAAGACGCGGGGGAAAUCAUAGGGGAGACGGAUGAGGAGCGAGGCAAACGCAUCGCGAGUCAAUGGAUUUCCAACGACGACGCCCCUCCAGAGAGCGCCGAGGAAACCGGCGAGGACGACGGGAACGACGCGCCGAUCGAUGCACGCGUUGACGAGGGCGACGCAGACGACGUCGUCUCGUCCGGACGGUCUAAACUCCGUUCGAUGUUCGAUCGCGCGAGACGACUACUCAAGCCGAGCAGGGACGAGGCGCUCGCCGCGCAGGCGUCGAAGAGACGAGACGCGCACGACGCCGCGCGCAGAGAGCUCGACGACAUGAACGAUAAGCUCGAUGAACUUCGAGCAAAGGUGGAUCGCGACUACGGUCCCGACGACGUCCUCAUCUCCCUCUCGGGACAGUGCUUUGAGCAGAAGAUUGACAAGUACACGUACAGCGCGUGUCCGUUCGGCGAGGCCAAGCAGGACGACGUCCGGCUCGGUAAGAACGUCGCCGUGCGCGUCGACGACGCCACCGGAUCCAUGACUCUCAAGUUUGAAAACGGCGAGGGAUGUUGGAACGGGCCGAGUCGCUCGCUCGCGCUCGCGCUCGAGUGCUCGGACGAGAACCGUCUGGCGAGCAUCGAGGAGCCGUCUCGAUGCGAGUACGCGGGCGUGUUCCACACCCCAUUCGCGUGCUCGCCCACGAUGGUGUCCAAUCUCGAAAACGAGCUCGCCGAGCUCGAUCGCGUCGUCGCCGCCGCGUCCCGCGACGCGUCCCGCGAUGAAUUGUAA